GCCUCUUCUUGGCGGAGAACACGAAAGUCGCCGCGAUUCUUCCGAGGGGCGCUGUGGAUUGGGAGAAGAACAGGAAGAUCGAGAGCCUGGUAGCGCGGAGGAUAACGGAGAAGCUAAGGUAGAAGUAAGAGACGAUAUGGAUGAAGAACAGGAAGAACAGCGCGAGAACAAGGAAGAACACUGCAAGAACAAGAAGAACGUCCAAUGGAGCGAAGAGAUCGCGGUGGUUAGAGAAUACGAAGAGAGCGAUCGAGAGGACGAUGGUUGUGUUCGCGGCAGAGAAUGCAAAUGCGCGAUACAAUGAAGGAGAGGAGAAAAGAAAUUCUUGCCUUUAGCUUGUACAGUGUCCACUGGGAGGGAGGGAAUGGCGUCGAGGCGCCAAGAGCAGCGCGAUCGAUCGGCGGCCUCUCCCUCGGCGGCAGCGUCUCCAAGGGCUUCUUCUUCCGCGAUCGCGACCGCGACCGCGCCAUCGUCGCUGAGAGCUAGAUCAUCGACCGCAUCAUCCUCCAGGUCGCCGGCAUUCGAUUUUCGUGGCAUGAGAGAUUCUGCUCGCGAAAUCAGCUCGCGCGGGCAAAGAUUGCCUGCCAGGAAGGGAGAAACCGGAUCGAUCGCAAAGCUUCCACAGGACCUUCUUUGCAAGUGUUUCUUAAAGCUCGAUUCAAUCUUCCAGAUCAUAAACUGCGCAUUGGUUUGUAAGGCCUGGAGGGAUGCUUGUUCGCUCGAUGUGAUGUGGAGGAGUAUGUAUUUAAGGUGGCACGGUGAUUAUAGACUCGACAUCUCUCGGCAGCAAUCUCCUUUUCCACCAUCUGGAUUUGGGACCUGGCGAGAGAGCUUCAUCAGAGAUUUUCCUCGAGGACGAGUGAGGCUACUUGAGAGGACUAUCAAACAAUCCUUGGACGCUGGAUUUCUUCAACCUCUGGACGAAGUCCCGCACGUCUUAAACUUUACGCCUGGAAAGAGUAUCCAAACGCUAGCGCAAGAACUUCAGCUCACUUUUUAUUUGCGAAUCAACAACGGGCAACGAAUUCGAUUGACAAGAAAGCAGGCUGUCUUGUUCCCAGCUUCCACUGUCCUUCAUUGUCCAUUCAAAUAUUUGAAACGUGGGAUGAAGCUCUUCUCCCUUGCUUCGUUAGAGGUGCACAUAUCUUUGGAAAUUGUUUUUUUUUUUUUUGUUUUUUUUUUUGGUUCUCCUAACGACGCUCAGGUUAUCGUUUCGAGUGACAAGCUUUCUCAAUGUUGUCAAGUGGCUGCUAUUAUGACAAAGAAGCCAUCGCUUUGGGAAAGUGAUUAUUCUGCACCACCACUUAGGCUUGCAAUGCUUUCUUCUAAAGAUGUCGCUGGUGCAAUGAAUCUUACUGUGGGAACAUUAUUUGAGCAGGACAAUACCGAUGGAAAUGAAGAGGUACUAUUUAUCAAAGUUGGAAUACAUUUGGCACAAGUCAUUUUCAAACUCUUCAAGUUCCGGCUUGAAACCCAGCGAAUGCGACCAAAUCCAGAGCCUUCAAUCAAUUUUGGUUAUCACGUCAGCGUACAAUUGCACACUUUCGAUCAUCUCAUUUGGACACGAAACUUCCACGGGGUUUUGUGGGAUGAGCGCGAAUCGAUGGCACGGGAAAAUGUCGUUCUACCGCUCAUCUCAUCAUUCGAGGUAGUGCCAAAGAAACUGAGCUUGCCAUGGCGUAGUGAAGCCUUUUCUGGAACACUUGAACACUCGGCUAUGGCGGUCAUAACUUCGUGGGACGUAAGAAGGGAAGCCUUCUGGCAAAUUGUCAAGACGUUACACCUCAAGCUGGUCUCGGUUCCCUCCGUGGAGUAUGUGGAGCCAGGAUUCGAGGGGCCACAGUUCGAGGCUACUGUGGAGGACAAAUCCAAGGGAUUGUCUGCCACUAUCAAAUGCUCAUUGCCACUCGAGAAUUCGGUAGAGGUGUUUGCUAUCACCGAUUUGAGGCUUUCACUGAGCAAGAAAUUCGUGCGAGAAUGGUUUGGGGUCAACAUCUAGAAGCACACUUUCAUCCAAGAGGAAGAACACGAAAAUCUUAUUGCCAGAAGGAAGGAGGAGAGGAAAUCUUCUAUCGACGCGAGCAGAGCCUUUCAGCUGACAUCCACGUGGCAAUGGCGCGUAACCGCUAUUUGAAAUUUUAGGGUUUAUCAGCA